CGGCGGCGCUCGUGAGUUUCGUGCCACGCCGAUUACGCAACUACUAACACGUGCCGCCGUGCCGCGUAAUACUUUGUCUUCGCUUCUACUUUAAUCCGAUCGCUCAAGAAAAUAACUAGAUACAUGCGUUGUAUGCGCGCAGGAAUAUAUGCGCGCUAAAUCGAGUGCCGAGUAUUUUGUGACGUUUGUAUCGAGUAAAAUACAGCUUGGAGUCCUCGAGCAAGCAGCAUCGACUGAUCCAAUGACUGCAGCCAUCUGUUCGCCAGCACGAGAGCCUCGCGCAUGCGUGAAAGAACUUCUGAUCUGAUUCGAGGAUUAUUGUCAGAUCUCGCGUGACGAUGUUUGUGGUAUAAAUAUUUUACCGAAAUUUUCCCUGUGACAUUAAUCAAUAAAAGAAGGGAGAAUGUUAUGUUUGAUGGCCAAACAUCUUAGUUUGUUUAUAACUUUAGAUCAACGGAGAUCGCGCAGAUGUGAUCGCGGGAUCGAUCGGUGAAAUGCAAUCGCGAAUUAUCGUCAACCUGCGCAUCGAACGGGGAAUACCGUUCGCCACGAGGAAUGCAAAUCUCUGGACGAAGAUAUUCCAGACGCAGAAGAAGAAGAAACCGCUGGCAUCAGAGGUCCUAACGAGCUACCUGUUGCAAAGCGGCGAGCCCCCCUGGACCUCGUACUUCGUCCGAUAUGCCGACGUGGUGAACGAUCAGCGGGGAAUGUCACACUUCAAUUGGCCGGCGGGCGGCAGCAAUUACCACGUACUUAGGACCGGCUGCUUCCCGUACAUCAAGUAUCACUGCAGCAAACGGCCGGCGCAGGAUCUCAGUGGCGAGGACAGAUUCUUCAAGGCGAUCAAGAUAUUGAACCUUGGUAUCCCCACCCUGAUGUACGGGCUGGCCGCGACACAGCUCAUCCGACACCGCGAGAUCGCGAGGACGCCUCGGGGUGACGUGACGAUCUACUUCUUGCUACCGGAGGACAAAGGCUCGCAGUACUGAGGUCUGCACCCUGCGACGCUAAUCUGCGCCGGGUCUUGCGUCACGGCCUUCCUCUGGAGAUGACAUUAACGGCAACGAAAUACAGACCCAUACCGGA